CUUCUUGAAUCCUUCAUUGAUCUCGAUCAAUUGGUUCAGGACCCUCAAACUCUCGUCUCUACGGGUUCUACUUCACCUCAGCUUUCCUCAGCAUGGUUCUCAGACUCGCUUAGCCUUAAUUUGCCUCCUGCUGCUGGCGCAGAGCCUAACACUGUUUCCGGAGCCGCCUGUGACCUUUUGCUACCGGAUAAUGGCAUCACUGCACCUGUAGUUCAUUCGAUUGAUCCCACUACCUCAACCGCACAUAGCGUAGAAGACAAUGUCAAUGUGGACUCUGGACCUAAGUUUUCCUCAAUCAGUCAAAUGAAUGUCCUGAACGAACCUCUUAUUCCCGCCGCGGGUGAUAGUAGUAUUUUGGCAAUUUCAACUGGAAAGACAAUGGUGUCUUCUUCGUCGGCAGCCCCAGUGAAUGGAGUUGAUUUGGUCAGCUUUUUGAAUGACUACGACCUGGGCCAUCAGCUUAUUAUAUCAGAGUUGACAGGGCUAUGCGAAGAGGAAGAAGUUCUGCAACCAUCCUCAUCAGUACCGAUUCCACCAGCCACUUUGACGAAUGCCUCUUUAAAUACAAAUGCAGUUGCUCCGGACCCAGAUGUGGUGGAUGGUUUACUACAGCAGCCUUCCACCACUAGCUGCUUGCCUAUUAGCUACGCUUUAUCAAGCGAAUCAGCAAUCGUUGCAGUUAACGCACCCACUUCAAUCUAUAACGGUCUGCUUGACCACUCAUGCCUUCCAAAUCAUCCUCCUACCUCUCCAUCUAUGCAGAACCCAUCUGUUUCUGCAUCUGAUUCUCUUGAUUCUCAGCUAAUUCGUUCGUCUGUGAAUACCUCACCAGGGAUUGCAGAGCUCCGAAUGCCAGUUUGCCUGUCUGGUCUCCCUGGGGCUGAGGAAGUGCGCUAUCGAUCCAGAGAGGAGGUCUUGGCGGCUAUCCUAAGGCAAGCCGCCCUUUAUUCAUACGAUCAAUUUCUCUAUAACUCCAUAUUUCAUUUUUGUCAUGCAUUCUUUCCAUUAAACAGAUUUUGA